AGAAAAGUUUUGCAUCCAGAGAGGAGUCUCUGAUGGAAAUGGACAGUCUAAGGGAAAUACUAGAACAGCAUCCUCUUCAUUUUUCUUUCCGUGAUGGGAAAGUUCUGAAGCUCUGUCCUGUGAGGAGUGAACAGACCUGGGCACUGAACAUCAAGCGAGGCAUUCUCAGUGUCCUGCAGACAGCGCCAGAAUUCUCUGCUGGUGCUGUUGUUGAGGAGGUGGAUGUCCUGGGAAUAUGCCCAACCAGGUAUCAGCGAAAGGGUCCCAUUCUUGUAAAGACAAGGGACUUGAACCUCUGCUCCCAUCGCUCUUCUGGUUUGACUUCUCUGCAGUCUGUUGUUCUUCCUCACGUGUCAUCUGAACAGCAGAUUCUGUCCUCCCAGCUGGAAUGUGUCCAGAGCAUUAGGAAUGGGGUCCUGGAGGAGGCCAAAUGUACCGAGUCCGACCGUGUAACGCUGUUCCCUCAGCAGGGCAGCGGGGCACAGACACAGACACGAUCUGCACUCAGACUCUUGCAAGUGGAAACUGAGACACUCUACAAUAAAUGGGACUCUGAGGAUCUGUAUGUGACCAACAUUCUCUAUGAAAGGGAGGUAACUAAGAGGGAGGUCACUGGAGCAGAAGUGACUGAACUGGUGUGGAAGCUUUGCUUAGCACACAGUGCAAGUUAUGAGACUGCAGAUCUUUUCAUGACUCUUGUGUUUGAGCUUCGACACCUUUCUCUUGAGGCCUUAAGAGCACUGUGGCAAAGAUCAUCAUUUAAGUGCAGAGACAAUUGGCAACCAUUAAUAGAUGCUCUCCCAUCUUGUGCCACAGAGGCAUGUGUUGUCCUAAUGAAAGACCUCAUAGCUUCUGGAGAAGUUGAGGAAGACAAAGUAGAAUAUUUCUUCUGGUCAUUUACAUUCAUUCCUAAUCCCACCUUGGGCAUGAUUGAAUCUCUUGCUCCUUUGCUGAAGUCACCUAGAGCAAGCCAGAGCUGCUUCUUGGGAGUAACUGCUCUCAUACAUAGGUUUUGUUCAGCUCACAGCUCCUGUGGUGUUGUACCUGCUGUGCAGGGUGUGAUGAGGACACUUGAGAAAUUUUUGGGAGGAGACUGUACCGUGCAAGAUUCAGAACAUCUCACCAAGAUGCAGCUGGUGUUGAAAGCCAUUGGAAAUGCGGGACUGGCAGCGGCUUCACUGGCUCCUGCUUUGAGCUCGUGCGCUGCCCUGAAGAGCCAUCCCAUGGAAAUCCGCCUUGCUGCUGUCCAGGCCUUCCGGCGCAUUCCCUGCUCUGGUGGGAAUGCUAUAUUAGUUCAGCUGUAUCAAGCAACCAGCGAAGAUGUGGAAAUAAGAAUUGCUGCUUAUUAUAUAGCAAUGAAAUGUCCACAUGGAGAGUUAUUUAAACAAGUACAAAAAACUUUGCUGAAAGAAACCUCCAGUCAAGUGGGCUCCUUUGUUUGGAGUCAUCUCUCUCAGCUCUUGGAGACAGAUGACCCAUUGAAGGAGCACCUUCGAGAUUCUAUUCCUGAUGAAAUCCUUAGCAAAGAUUUUGACUGGGAGAAAUGGAAAUACUCCUCAUACUCUGAUGUCACGUUUCAUUCAGCUGGUGCAGGUGCAAAUAUGGAAGCAUCAGUGGUCUUUUCUCCUACAUCUUUUUUACCACGAUCAGUCAUGACAAAUUUGACUGUUCACUUCAUGGGACAGGCUAUAAAUCUCCUGGAGGUUGGUGUACGAUUGGAGAAUGCUGAAACUCUCAUAGAGAAGGGUUUUGGGCCGAAAUCUUCUACUUUCAGUGACUACUUUUUUGGAAACACUGAUGAAGCAAGCCACAAGUCAGAAACUCCAGUGGAAAGAGCAGAGGAAGUCAAGCAGAGGAACCCGACUUUGAAGCGAUAUAGCCCCUCUGAUCAUCUUUUCACUGAGAGAACAGUAAGAAAGGAGGCACUGAAAUGUGAGCUAAGCAUGAAAAUCUUUGGAAAUGAACUUAGCUUCUUAGAUUGUGAAGAUUUAAGAAAACAAAUGAAACAUUAUUCCUUAAAUCUGGCUGAGCUGGCCGUCAAACUUCUGAAGGGGCAGGAGGUCCAGUUUAAUAAAAGGAUGAGCUUGGCCACUGAAGAACUGCAGUUUCCAGCAAUUUCAGGCUUUCCUGUUCAACUGGCAGUCAAUGCCUCAGCAGUAAUCAACAUAAAAAUCAAAGGGAAUGCCGAUUUCAAACAGCAGUCUGAUUUCUUUCUAAAUGGAUAUAUCAAGCCAAGUGCAUUUGUUCAGCUUUCUGUCCAAAUGGGAAUUGUGGGGUCUCUGGGACAAGCUGGCCUAAAGUGGUUAACAGGAAUGAGGACGUCUACUAGUCUUGAUGGUGGAAUCCAGGUGAAGAAAGGGAAAGAGCUCAAAGUUUUCUUGAACACUCCAGAAGAAUCUAUGGAGAUAAUUAAUUUCAGCUCUAAACUCCACUUCAGAAUGGUGGAUGAGACAGAAGAUAUAGAUGUCUUCCAAGACCACACAGAAACCAGAUCUUGCACUAGGGAAGAAGUAUCUGAGAUUAUUGGCUGGCAGCUGUGUUCUGAAAUGUCCUAUCCUGACCCAGCCAGUGGUUUGGUUUUGCCCCUCACUGGACCUUUGAGACUGGCUGUGACAUUAACUAAACAAGACAGAGGCCUGCAGCAGUACGUGGUGGAAGCUGCCUAUAACUACAUAGCUCAGGAGAAUUCAUGGAUUCCUAGUGAAGCUGUCUUUCACUUCUUCCUUGGGACUCCAAAGUCAGACUUGAAAAGAGAUGUUGGUGUUGACCUUAGUUUUAGUGUCCCACAGAAGAAAUUCAGAAUCCAAUUUAUACAACCUAAGAAAAAAAUUGAGAUUGAUGGGAGGAUUGAGUUUUCUAAAAAUUCCCGUGUUGGACACCUGGAGCUGAUAGUGGAUGACCAAGAUGUGUAUUACAUUAAGGGAAUGGCAGAUUUGCAGAUGCUGAGUGGAGAGCAGAGAUACAUGACCCAGCUGGAGGUAAAGCUGAUAAAGCAAAGCAGUCCUAUCAUUUUGUCAGGAAACAUCACUAAACAGCUUGGCAAGAAGAUAGCUUUUUCAGUAUCUUUGAAUAAUUUGUUGAAGGAUGCUGCAUUUCUUUCAGCACUUCUGGAGAAAAAGGCUGAUGAUAAGCUGAGACAAUACUCGUUGGAAGGGGAAACCCACCUUCCAGGUGUUCUUGGAGUUCACGCCACCGCUCUUCUCCAGCAGCGUGAAGGACUGUGGUCUCAUGGUCUGCAGAUAAAAUAUGGACUCCUAGGAGAGGCAAAAGCCCCUUGCCACGAGUGCAGUACGCAGCAGAAAGUUCAAGUAGAGAUGGGUGCACGGGGCUUCUACAGACUGGAGCUGGGCCAUGAGUUUCACUGUGUGCAGGCUCCCACCUACAGCCACCAGGUUCACCUGAAACAUGAAGUAACUGCAUCUUGGAUUUCCUCCCAGAUGGAAGUGAGUUAUGGGAAACACUGGGAUGAAAUAAACAACAAGAAGAAACUGCUGAUCAGCCAAGCCUUUAAGAACAGUUCCAGUUCAUCUGUAGUCAGCUAUUUCAUGGAGUUUACCAUGCAAGUCCUGGAAAAACAAGUGAAUUAUAGAACCCAGCUGCAGCACUUGCACACCUCUCUGGUGUAUUUGCAGAGCAGCACCAACUUUGAGGUGCAGUAUAAUGACCAUGUACCAUUUGCGGCUGGGCUGCAGUGGAAGGAUGCAUCCAGAAAUGGCCUGAAGAAGUGGGAAGGUGGGUUCAAUAUAGACACCCCAUGGCUCCAUCUGUACACAGCUCACAAACUGCACCAGCCUCAGCAUUCUACUUAUUUCCUGACAUCCCAGCUGACAGCUGGAAAAGCCCUCUCCAUUAAAGACCUUGUACUGGAACUAUUCUAUAAAGAUCAAGGCAAUGAGAAGGAAGGAAAAGUUCACAUUUACACACCAGCUACCACAUACCUGCAGGCAUCCACAGUUAAUCAUCUUGGGAGGAAUGUUCUGCAUAGCUACAGUGAAAUGAUCUCUCUGUGGAAUCAGCUUGUGAAGAAUGAGAUUCAUUUGGAGAAUAAUGAACGAGCCAAACUUCUCUGCUUUAAGAUAAAGAGUACAAAACAGGAAUUUAACUUCACAGCCAGCUAUCAAAAUCUGCCAACGUGUGAAGGUCAGAUAAAAGAGCUAAGGAAGGAGAAGAUGCUGUAUCAAAAACGUGCAACCCUCCAUUUCAGGCAUCCUUUUAAAGUACUUUUUCUGCAGAGCUUUCUUCUGCAGGAGACAUUUACUGUUGACAAAAAGCAAAAGCACUAUUUAAUGGAAACAAAAGUUUUGAUAAAUGGGGUGGAGGAAACAGUGCAGACUCUUAUACUUGGUUACCAACCUGAAAACCCCUAUAUUUGUGCUGGCUUAACUCAUCCUUAUAACUACAGGACCUUUCCCAAAGAUGUUGAAAUGUGCAUUUUAACUCUAAGCCAUCAAAAUGUGAAGCAUGAGCUUGAGACUGUCUUAAAGGUGAAUAAGGAAGAUGUUCUCAGUUUUCUAGGGAGGUAUCAGGACAAAUCCAGUGAGGCAGAUUUUAGACAUCUUUUACACAUGGAUGUGACACACUCGUUCCAGCUUGAGUUUCCACAAGCAAUGAGCCUAAGUGGGGAGCUGUUCUCCAGGCAGACUAAACUGGAACACUUUGACUGUGGUAUGAGUGUAAAAGUCAUCAUUAACAAGAACAUGUCUUCACAGUUCUCUCUGCAGGCCCAGGCAGCCCUGAAGAGUUAUGGUGAAAACAAUGUCAAUGGCUCCCUUCACCUUCAUUCCAAUGGAAAGGAAGUGCUGAUGCUGGAGGUCGAUACGAACAAUGAAAAGAGGAGGAAUGCCAGAAUUGUUGAACUGAGAGCUUUUCUCCAUCAGACUGUCCUGACAAAUCCAGAAUCAGUACAGUUCCAGCUCAUGGGCAAAAUAUUUCCAUCAAGACUUCUGUUGUCUUCUGACUUGAAGCUUAAUGAAAAUAGGCUUCACAUGGAUUUCAUGGGAGCCAGGGAGCAGAAAGUUGGUUUUGUUUUGUCCCUAAAUGGAAGAGUCCAACACACUUUUACUGGAUUAAAGGCCAUACCUCAUCUCCUUUCUCUGGAUGGAUUACUGAAAUGCAAAAACAACAUUCACGAUGGUAACAUCAAUGUGAUGGUCAACAAAAGACUGUAUGGACUGCAUGUCAGGAACAGGAAUGUGUUUGGGAAUACCACUGUGCACAAUAUCACUGUUGCCAUUGUUCAGAAUGGCAGUCAGGCAAUCCCAGGGGAGGCAAGACUGAAAGGACACCUGGAACUGAGUAAAGAGAAGAAGAGGGGGCUAGCUAGCUUCCAGGUGGAUGAGAAGGCUCUUUCUGUAGAUUUUUUCAAUAUCAUGGAUAAUGGGCACGGCAGAGUCAGUGGGACUUUCACACAUAAUGUCGACUUUUUAAAAAAUGCAGGGUUGCCUUUGGAUGGCAUUCUUACUGCUGCAUGUGAGCAUGGCACAGGAAAUCACACCAUUGCCAUAGCCCUGCAGAGUGGCAGUGAAAGGAUUGUUGCUGUGUUUGAGAGGCACAGACUGGCCACAGAGCCUCCAGCAUUCCAGCUAUCUGUGAGCUUAAAGCACAACAUCUCAAAGAUAAAGAAACAUGGGAUCCCUUUUGUUUUAGAAGCUGCUGGCUAUUAUGAGAAUUUCUCCAGAAAGAUUGCUACAGGGAUAACAACCACAGUGGAGACAGAGCAGCUCAAGAUGGAAAUAGAGAAGAAAACCACUGGCACUGCUAUGGAAGUUUCUCUUUCACUUCACCAUGAUGUGGGAGGACUGAUGGACAUUGUUCCACAUACUCCAGCAAGAGUUUCACUGAAUGGGUCAAUAUUUACCAGCAACUUCACUGUCAUCCUCUUUGGACAUGUUUCUUUUCAUGAUAUAUUUGCCUGCCUGCAACUCUAUGCCACCAGUAACACCCAUCCUCAUUUAGAAAUCGACUUCCAGCAUUCUUUGCCUUUACUUCAUUCUCUGGGAAUUGCCAGAGAGAACCAACUGAAGGUGGCAGCCAUGAGAAGUGACAAGUACAAGGGCAUCCUUGGUAUUGUCCUUGGGCCUUGCACUUUGGAGGCUGAUGGGGAAGUGAGCCUGGCAAGCAAUGAGACAGGAUGGGUACUUGCUUUUAGAAACAAGUGCCUCAGUCUAGAGGAUCUCAGUUUCCCUACUCAGUCACGGCUCACAGGAUCCAUUCAGAAAGACAAGUGCCAGGCAGAGUUGCUCUCUGUCCUGGAAACAGAAGGCAAAACUGCCCAUCUUGAAGUGAGAGCAGAGUGCAAGCCAAAGAUGGCUCUGGAAAUUCAGUUCAGGCAUGACCUCCCCCAGCUGAAGGAAAUCCCAAGGGAAAAUGAGCUGUCUAUCAGUGCACGGAAACACUUAAAGUAUCUUCUUGGAGUUGAAAUGAAAUUGGGUGCCUGUGAGCUUCAAAUGAAUGGGGACUUUGACCCUGAAAAGAACCUGCAGUGGAAAAUGCUUAUAGAAAACAAAUGCCAAACAAUUCAGGAUCUUGGAGCACCAAUGAAAAUUGAUGGCUCAGGCUACCUUUUGAUGGAUAAGAUGAACCUAGAUUCACAGACACUGAUCACUGUUGAUGAAAGUAAAUUCCGAGGACUCUUUAUACUAAAGGUCACUGAUGAAAGGCAAGAGCUGGAUGUGGUGCUAACCCAUAACAUCCAAGGAGCUGCUGACAUUGGCAUUCCCAUGAGGAUGUUACUUGAUGUGGUAUCAGAAAAAAACAGUGACUUCUAUAAAGGAUUUAUUAAUUUUUGUGUGAACAACAAGCAAAUUACAGAAGAACUGAACUUUGUCCAGAAGUUGGAUGUUGUGUCUCUUAACUACAAACUUACUCAUAACAUAGACACAUUGAAGACUUUGCAAAUAAAAGACAGGAUUGAGUUGCAGAUAGAUGUGGUUUUUCAAGGGAGAAACACUACUCAAGAGAGAUAUGUGCACAUUACAGCUGGAGAAACAUCAAUCACAUACAUAAUAAACUCCUAUUAUGUUGGCCACCAAGUGGAUCUCUUCUGCCAGAGUGUGCACAGCAGUGAGGUACUCCAGGCAUCUGGCUACCCUAAGGCAAUCAACUUAAUUUUCAGUUUACAGAAAUCAGAAAACAAAGCCAAGACUGUCUGUGAAAUCCAAUAUGAUGAGAAAGAUAUAUCUGUGACUAUGGAUGUUGACACAGACUUUGAACUCUUUGGUACAUUUGUGUUUGUGGCAGAGGUGAAGCAUUCAAUAUCACUUCUCCAUCACCUGGGACUUCCCUUCUUUCUUAAGAUGACAGUUCAAGAAGUCAUGACUGAAAAUGAAACUGAAGGUGCUCUGAGGCUGACCUAUGAACAAAACAAAAACUUCUCCUUUUCCAUCAGUAGAAAAAAAGACCAGCAAGGUGAAGAGUUGAAUAUAAAAGCACUCCAGACUCAUCCCUUCUUUCUACAGUACUUCCCCUGUGCAGCACAACUGUCUUCUAAGGUAAAUUAUGAUAUGAGUGAAGCAAAAGGCAAACUCUACCUCAGGAUGGAAAAAAGGGAUUUCAAUGUUUCAGCAAAGCUAACUUUGACUGGAGGCAGCUACACUAAUGCCAUUGAAGUGGCACAGACCAUGGCCCAGUUUAAAAUUCUUCCAAGGCAACUUGUGUUGAUGACAAUUUACCAAAAAGGCAACAGAACCCAUCUGCUGAGGCACAUUGCCCUGUGGGAUGGCAAAGAGAUAAAGCUAACAGGCACUUACACUGGACUCUUCCCAAAGCUGCCUGGAGGUCAUGGCAUUCAGGUGGAACUUCUCCAUCCUCUCUCCAUCCCUUUUCCACGGCAUGCCUGGGCAAACUUAUUUGUGAAACAUUCAGCACGCAGUCACCAGGAUGUUCUUACUGUCAUUUGGAAUGAGAAGGACAAGGUAUCAGUGUCAUCUUCUCUGAAGAUUGGAAGACACCGGACAAGCUACAGAGCCACUGUUGCCCACCCAUUUAAUUACACUCUGAAGCAACUGGAGGUGCAUUCCCUGUCAGAAAGAAGGGGCAGAAAGUACAACCAACAGCUGCAGGUCUCAGGGAAUGCUGGGCAGCCUGCUCACCUCUGGCUGGGGCUGGAGGAUAAAUCCAAGAUGGACAUCACUGCCUGGGGUGGCUGUGUGACACUCUCUGCAGGCCAGCUUCAGAGAAUAUUAAGCAUGGAACACCUGCAUGCAUGUGGGUCUCUAGAGCAAAGACCAACAUUGUUUAAUGAAUACCUAGAUCUGAACUGGGAUGACAAAAAAUUCAAACACAAUUUCACAUAUGAGAGAAAUCAACUCUUGUAUCCUGAUAAGUUUCAGUUAGAAGCUGUUCUGGAAAAUAUUUUCCUGACCCCAUGUGCCAAACAGCAGAUUCUGGGUAAAAUAGAAACAAACUACUACUCUUGCCUGGAUUACUAUACGAGCUUUGAGUUCUGUGACCUUCCAAAUGUAAUUGUUUUAUCUGGAAAGCACCAGCUCAACAAAGAUGACAUCAUUUUGCAGUCAGAGGGCAGAUUCCACCUUGCUGGUCAUGGGAGAGAUGAGGGGUUGAUUGGAAUAUCCAUAAAGAAUCAGAGCACUGCUGAUGUGAAGAACUAUUCUCUGGAAAUUGAAUUAAGAGCCUUUGAAGAUAUUUGGCUAGGCCUGACAGGAACUGCUGCUUCCUCAUCUGUCCAAAGCCAAAUCCUGGUGGAGGGGAUUAUUGAUCAGAAAGAGAAAAUAAAAGUAGCUGCUUCCAAAGGAAAGGAGUGUUUUCAGUACUACAUGGGGUAUCUGCAAGGGGAGUUGGAAGAAGGAAUGGAAGUCAGUGCUUGUUCUGAUGGGAAACACAUGGCUGCCAUUAACACCUAUCUCAGCAUCAAUGGUAAAAGGCAGGAAAACGUGGGACAAGUAACUCUAGCAGCUGCUAAUGGAAGUUUGAGUUUUCUGGCGCAUGGAUGUGGAGAUCCAGUUCUUAAGGCUGAGAACAAGCUUAAUGAAAUUGGGAGCCUUUGGAAAGCCACACUGACUGAGAAGAUAAAGAAGUUUGAUGGAUACCUGUGGAGAUUCAGGAGAUCAGUGCAGCAUGUUGGUUUCCUGGCUGAAGCAGCUGGCUGGCCUUCAAUAGCCUUGCAAAGGGCAGCAGGAUUCCUGCAAAGUGGGGUUACAGCUGUCACCCAGGUGUGGAAGCAAAGUGGAAUUGGGUACAUUCUGAGAAGCAGGAUCCCACUUUACCUGGAGAAAAUUCAAGACGUUGUCCAGCAAAUGCAGAAUGAAUUACAAAAGCCAUUAGCAACUUUGAAAGACGCCUACUACGAUGUAACCUUGAAGCCACUGGAUGAAGUCUUGAAAGAGAAGACAGAAGAGCACAUGAAGAAAAUCCAGGCUUUCUUACCCAAGAUUGUAAAAGAUGUGUGGCUAAUGGAACCAAUUCAGAUGGCAUUAAAGGUUGUGAAAGCAGGCUUGGAUAUGGCUACACAGCAGGUGCUCAGGUGGGCAGAGGCCACGUUUUCCAGAGCUGUGAGCAAGAUCCGGAAGCCCUUGCUGAACCUGUACAGUUUUUCACCCAGGAACUGUUCAGUGGCAGGAAAGCUGCCAGUACUACCUAAAGCAGACCUGUCCCUGCAGCUGGCAAAUGUUACCACUUACCUCAUUGGAGAAAAACUAAUGAGGCCUCUGCAAGACCUCUACAAUCUCAACAUACUUGCAGAGUACUAUAGAAUCAAACGGAGGAUGAUGGAGAGCCCCUUUGAAUAUCAUGCUAUGUUAGUGGGGACCAAGCAUCUUGUGACUUUUGAUGGAAAAAUGUAUGAUUUGGCAUCUAAGUGCAGUGUGCUUCUUGCCAAGGAUUUUGUUCACAGUGCUUUCACUAUAAUAUUAAAUGAGGAAACCAGGAAUUCAAGGUCACUGUAUGUGGAGAUGAAUCAGACUGUGAUCACUAUCUACCCACGACUAAAGAUAUCCAAGAUGUAUAACUUCUCCUUCACGGAAGAGAACUGCCAAGUCCUGGAUCAAUCCCUUGAAAACAGUACCAUGAAUUCAAGGCAAGGAACCAACAAAAUAGAAGUAUCUGAUCAGAAAGGAGUUUCUGUCUCUUGUGACUUUCAGUAUGAUGUCUGUACUGUCACUCUGGCUGGGUGGCACCAUGGUGUUUCAGCUGGGCUUUUUGGUACCAAUGAUAAUGAAGCUGGAAACGAAUGGAUGGUGCCUAAUGGUUCCUUCACUGACAACGUGAAAGAGUUCACACAGAGCUGGCAGGUGAAUAAGUGCAGUCUUGUACAGAAGAAAGAGAAGCCAUGUCCAAUUACAGCUAAGCAAAACAUCUGCAAAGUGUUCUUUGAAGAACCACAUUCACUUCUUAGGAACUGCUUCAAAGUUGUGGAGCCCGAGCCAUUCUACACCAUGUGUACACAGGACACCUGUGACUCCCCAGCCUUGGGGGCUGCCUGCAGCUUAGCAGCAGCUUUUGUUCAUUUGUGCAACCGGAAUUUUGUCCCUGUGGAAAUCCCUCCACAGUGCUCGAGCCAGUUCUGAAUGGCAGAUACCAGCCCUGAAGAUGGAAGAACCCCUUCAGUACCCAAAACAGAACAGUUAUUUUAGGUAGGCAAGCUAGAGGCCAUAACAGGGAGAGCACAGAAGUGUGGAUGCUUUAGUGUUAACUGUGAAUAUAGUGAAGUAUAUAUAGUAUAAAAGGAAAGCUUUCCACCCAGAACCCUUGAGGGCAAGAGGAAUUAUUUCAGUAUAUUGACGAGAAACUAUAAUCAACCAAAAGAAUUCAGAUGGGAAAGUAGCAGUUACUCUAAAACAAUUCUCCCAUUUGGUGGCAAAAUUGCCUCUCCACAACUCUUGAACCAUAGCACAAAUACACGGAAAAGCUGAGAAAACCUCUCUUCCAGCUCAGAGUAGUACAAGUGGACUACUUUGUGAAAGCAGCAUCAUCAGCUUAGAGUCAUCAGAGAUGCUGACUUCUUUUUUCUCCAGAAAUGAACUCCACUGUUCAGCGGUUCUGGAGAAAGUUAUCUGGGGAAGUGCUCCAAAACACAAGCAGGCUAAAAUAGAAAUAAGAUGGGUAAAUAAUGGAAAGCAGAUAGUAAUUUUCUCAUUUUUGUGCUGUUUGAUUUUUCCUUUAUUAAUGUCUACACUGGUAAAAGAGAAACAACCUUCUUGGUUUCUGUGCACCAGUUGCACAUUUUCCCUUUGUGUCUUUAGAAACCCCUUGCCAGCAGUCAGUUGAUGUGCUGAGAGAAGGUGACCAAUAUCUACCCUACCCAUGUGUUACAGCUACUGCUGUGUGAGUGUCUUGCCUGUUAAAUCCCUUUCUGUAUUGUAGGUCACUUGAUUUAAAAUUUGCAUUACCUUUCUCCACACAGUGCCUGGAAUGCAGCUAUUCCUUGGUAAAAGGUAAUGCUGCAAAUGCAAUGUUUGCAUGCAAACAUUGAAAUAAAGGUAUUUCAUACUAUGACAUCAUGCUAAUAAACAUUUGACUGCCU